GUUGAUAGUAGGCUCUCAACUACUGAUCCAAAUAAUAUAAUUCUGUCAGCGGAAAUUGAAUGAUGUAUAUUCUUCUUCUUAAUUAAAAAGUAAGGGUGAUCGAUAUAUCAUCUGAAAUCUCUGCUUCUGUACAACAAGUCAAUAAUCCCCACAUUAUUAGUUAUGCAAGGAGAAAAAAAGUCAGGCGUAUUCACCUACGCCUCUCAAUGGCCAAUUUAUGCAUUAGCAUGGUCAGUCCGGCGUGACAAGCACAAUCGUCUAGCAAUAGGAAGCUAUCUUGAGGACUACAGCAACAAGGUAGAGCUCGUCCAAUUCAACUCCGACACCUCAGAUUUUGCCACUGAUAAUCGCCUGUUUUUCGACCACCCUUACGCACCCACUAACCUUAUGUUCUUCCCAUCCGAGGACACCUCCAAUCCAGACAUUCUGGCCACAUCGGGUGACUACCUUCGUCUGUGGAAGAUCCACCACGAUCGAAUCGAGCUCAAAUCCUUACUCAACAACAACAAGGGGAGCCAAUUCAACUCCGCCAUAACCUCUUUCGAUUGGGCCACAUUUGACACUCGCAGAGUCGCCACAUCCAGUGUCGACACUAGCUGCACCAUUUGGGAUAUAGAAAAGGAAAUUGUGGACACUCAAUUAGUGGCACAUGACAAGCAAGUGUACGACAUUUCUUGGGGUGGUUUCAAUGUUUUUGCCUCGGUUUCUGGGGAUGGAUCCGUUAGAGUUUUUGAUUUGAGGGACAAAGAAAGAUCGACCAUUAUUUAUGAAAAUCCCAUACAAGGUUGUCCCUUGUUGAGGUUGGAGUGGAACAAGUUUGAUCCUAGGUAUAUAGCCACGUUUGCAAUGGACAGUAACAAAGUGGUCAUUUUGGACAUUAGGAUUCCAACCACUCCUUUAGUUGAGCUUUGUAAGCAUAAGGGGAGUGUCAAUGCCAUUUCGUGGUCUCCUCCAUUGGGAAGACAGUUAUGUUCCGUUGGUGAUGAUUCAAGGGCUCUGAUUUGGGAUGUGGUGGGACCUAGUUUUCGAUCGGAUGGCGGCAGUGGGAGCGAAGAUGUGGAGCCGAAUAUGUGGUAUGCAUCGACGGCUGAGAUUAAUCAAGUGCGUUGGUCACCCAUAGAUUUGGAAUGGAUUGCUAUUUCUUUCUUGAAUAAGUUACAACUUUUGAAGAAUUAGGAAGUUAACAAAAAAUGCAUUUUAGCAUUUGAUGAAGUCCCUUAUGCCAUAUGGUGAUAAACUUGUGAUUAAUGUAAUUUGUAAAUGUAAGGUAGACCAAUUGUCUUGGACCUUGUCAACA